CAUCAUGACGCAGGAGCCACCGCAAGAUAUAUUAGACCUUCUGGAAGAUAAGAAUUACACCUCAUACAUCGCUGCUUCUUAUGUAAAAUACAUAGAAGGCUCUGGUGCGAGAGCGGUUCCAAUAUUCAUCAAUCAAGAUGACAGUUACUACGAGAAAAUGGCAUCCUCGGUGAAUGGAAUACUGUUUCCCGGAGGAGUUGUAUCAAUAACGAAUAGUAGUGCCUAUGGGACAGCUGCAGAGAAAAUAUAUGAUCACGUCAUCCAGGCAAACCAGGAAGGCACAUAUUUGCCUCUCUGGGGAACGUGUCUGGGCUUCGAAAUAAUAACAUACCUGGGAGCUAAUUACCAAAACUGGCUGCAGGGAUGUCACGCUAGAAAUAAGGUCGAUCAACUCACACUGCAACCAGGAUUCAUGGAAUCUCGAAUUUUCCAACAAAUGCCCGAUUACGUCAUCGACUACGUCAGCCUCCUGAAGACUACGGUGAACUUCCACGACUGGUGCAUAACUCCCGAGAAUUUCACAGCAUCGGGACUCUCAAAGGACUUCAAGGCCCUGGCCACCAGCUACGACCACGACGACCUCGAGUACGUGGCCCUUUUCGAACACAACCACCUCCCCAUCUUCGGGUCGCAGUUCCACCCCGAGAAGAACCCUUACGAGUGGGCGUCUGACGAAGGGCACUCGGCCAUCCCCCACGAUCCCUUUUCCGUGGGCGUCGCCCACUACUUCUCCAAUUUCUUCGUCAAUCAAGCUCGUUAUAACAAACAACACUUCGCGACGGUGGAGGAAGAGCAAGCAUCUCUGAUCUUCAAUUACGACACCAUUUUCACCGGAGCACUGGGCGCUGGUUACACAGAAUGUUAUCUAUUCCGUUAAAAAAUUCGAGGCGUUCCGGAAACGUAGGCCUACAAAUAAGUGCGACUAAACAAGAUCCUGUAGUAGUACUAAUGUUAAGCCAUGCAAGAUGCUAAUAUAUAACUGCGAAUGCAGUUACCCAAUGCUGAUAUUGUUACUUAAAGUAAUUGUGUAGCUACAGUACUAAUCGAAACCACCCAACCAUCUAUCUUGUCAUUGCGAUGACAGUAAUCUCGACAACCAAAUUUUUAAAUAUCGUUAUUUUUAUUUUACUGAAUCAGCGCUUAUCCAAGCCACUCUAGAUGAUACUUUAAUUUUUCAAUUAAUAUUUUGUCUUAGUAUUUGAAUAGUCUCAGAGCAGAUCUUGUACUUAACCACUCCACAUACAUGUACAUUUUGUGCAUUACUGUUUGCAUGUGCUAAGGUACAUACACUCUUAUAUGCCUUAAAACUAGAGCAGUAA